AUGGCCAGUGAAAACGAGCAUUUCACAAGCCAAACCGUCGAUUCCAAGAUUAAUGGCAAUGAUGUCCAUAAUGAAGAGUUCUAUACGUAUUCGGAUGAUGACUUGAUCGAAGAUUUCACGCAAGAACAUGAAGAAUUGGGCAAUACAGCGAUCAGAACGGAAUCCGAGUAUGCAUGCGCAUACUGUGGGAUUGACUCUCCGAAGUGCGUGGCAAAAUGUAACACGUGCAACAAAUGGUUCUGCAACUCCAGAAAUGGUACUUCUAGCUCCCACAUUAUCAACCAUUUGGUACUAUCUCACCACAAUGUGGUGUCUUUGCAUCCAGAAUCUGACUUGGGUGACACAGUGCUAGAAUGCUACAAUUGCGGUUGCAAAAACGCAUUUGUUUUGGGGUUCGUUUCAGCGAAAACUGAGGCCGUUGUCGUGCUAUUGUGCCGUUUACCCUGUGCCCAGACUAAGAAUAUCAACUGGGACACCGAUCAAUGGCAGUCGCUUAUUGAAAACCGCCAGUUUUUGUCAUGGGUUGCCGAGGAGCCCGGUGAAGACGAAUUGCUCAAGGCCAGAAUCAUAACACCAGCCCAAAUAUCUAAACUCGAAGCCAAGUGGAGAUCGAACAAAGAUGCCACUAUAAAUGACAUCGAAUCUCAAGACGAACAGGAACAAGUCACUCACGUGCUCAUGCGUUACACAGACGCGUAUCAGUACCAACGGUCUUUCGGACCUCUUGUGAAACUCGAAGCAGAUUACGACAAGCAAUUGAAAGAAUCUCAGGCUCUGGAACAUAUUUCAGUAUCUUGGUCUCUUGGCAUGAACAAGAGACAUUUGGCAUCGUUUGCACUGUCGACUUUCGAGUCGAACGGCUUAAAAGUCGCCGUGGGUGAUGAAAUGAUUCUACGUUACUCGGGUCUACAGUUUCCAGAAUGGGAAGGUCGUGGAUAUAUUGUCCCUUUGCCCAAUAGCUUCCAAGAUGAAUUUACUUUGGAAUUGAAGGCCAGUAAAAACGCACCACCCACAAAUAUGACUACUGGGUUCACAGCAGAAUUCGUUUGGAAAGGUACUUCUUAUGACAGAAUGCAAGAAGCCAUGAAGAAAUUUGCAGUGGUUAAAAAAUCGAUUUCCGGCUUUCUUUAUUACAAGAUCCUAGGGCAUGAGGUUCCAGAUCUCGAAUUUGACGUAAAUCUGCCAGAACAAUUCUCAAUUCCUCAUUUCGCUCAGUUGAACGUUUCUCAGGCAAACGCCGUCAGACAUGUUCUUCAAAGACCCUUGUCGCUCAUUCAAGGUCCACCAGGAACAGGUAAAACUGUCACUUCUGCUACCAUUGUCUACCAUUUGUCAAGGUUGCACAAGGAGCGUAUUUUAGUUUGCGCGCCAUCAAAUGUUGCCGUUGACCACUUGGCUUCGAAGCUACGUGACUUGGGAUUGAAAGUCGUCAGACUAACGGCUAAAAGUAGAGAGGAUGUGGAAAGUUCUGUUUCCGAUUUGGGGUUGCAUAAUUUGGUUUCGAGAUCUGCCAAAGGUGAAUUGAAGAAACUGCUCAAAAUUAAAGAAGAAUCGGGUGAGCUAUCAUCGAUCGAAACCAAGAAGUUUGUUAAGCAGGUGAAAAAAUCAGAGGUUGAAAUUUUGAAAAAAGCUGAUGUCGUCUGUUGUACAUGCGUCGGAGCUGGAGACAGAAGACUUGAAGCAAAGUUUAGGACCGUUUUGAUCGACGAAAGUACUCAGGCUUCAGAGCCCGAGUGCUUAAUCCCCAUUGUGAAAGGUGCCAAGCAAGUUAUCUUGGUUGGCGAUCAUCAGCAGCUGGGCCCGGUUAUUCUUGACAGAAAAGCAGCUGACGCAGGAUUGAGACAGUCCUUGUUCGAAAGGCUCAUCUCUUUGGGUCAUACUCCUAUUCGUCUUGAAGUUCAGUACCGUAUGAACCCUCACCUAAGUGAGUUUCCAAGUAACAUGUUUUAUGAGGGAAGUUUGCAAAACGGUGUCACGAUUGAACAGCGCACCAUUGCGAAGAGUACUUUCCCUUGGCCAAUCCACGAUGUACCAAUGAUGUUUUGGUCUAACUACGGUCGGGAGGAGAUUUCCGGUAACGGAACAUCUUAUUUGAACAGAAUCGAGGCUAUGAACUGCGAGCGCGUGAUAACUAGAUUGUUUCGAGACGGGGUUAAUCCUGAACAAAUUGGUGUUAUCACCCCAUAUGAAGGGCAGAGGGCCUACAUUGUGCAAUACAUGCAGAUGAACGGUUCACUGGACAAAGAAUUGUACAUGAAUGUGGAGGUUGCCUCCGUGGACGCGUUUCAAGGCCGGGAGAAAGAUUACAUCAUUUUAUCAUGUGUCCGUGCUAAUGAACAACAAGCAAUUGGAUUUUUAAGUGACCCAAGGCGUUUGAAUGUUGCCCUCACGCGUGCUAAAUAUGGACUUGUUAUUUUAGGAAACCCUAAAUCCUUGUCCAGGAAUAGCCUUUGGAGCCACCUUCUCAUACAUUUUAGAGAACAGGGAUGUCUAGUUGAGGGUUCGCUUGACAAUCUUCAGCUAUGUACCGUACAACUCACCAAAACAAGAACCACUCCAAAUGAAAGAAGGAUGAUAUCACAGCGAUUAGAUCUCAGCCAAGCAGGAAGUUUCAAUCAAAUGGGCUUCGACGACGUUGAUACGCAAAGUUUGAUUUCCUUUGGAGGUCCUGAAAAUUUUGGUUCAAAUGGAUUCGAGGCAUUGCAUAAAGAACAAGACACAAAAAUUGUGAACUCCAGCAUCUGGCAGGCAGAGGCGUUUCAACAAAGAUUUGGUGGAAAAGAACAACCAGGUGCUAAUGUCUACAGUGAAAAGUUUGGAUUGGACUCUAGUCUUGCAAGAGGACUUCAAAAUAACAAUGGGGCCUUUUCGAAGUACGAUUAUAAGGGCCCAGAUGGUGACGAUCGGAUGAAGGGUUUGCAUUCCUUCCGUGAAUUGAAUAUAUCAGGUUAA